ACUCAACCAACUCCCCACAUUGAACAUUGAGCUAGAAUCGGCGAUAGAGGCCAUCGAGUACCACCCAUACACUCACUUGAAAAGAUGGCAUCAUCAUCAGCUUCCUCUUCCUCAACAUCAUCAGCCGCUGCAGCUGCAGAACCAGACGAUCAAGCUCAACAAGCGCAUACACAGCCCACGCCGGACGCGUCCACCUUCAAGAGGAAGCGUACCCUCUACAAUACUUUCCUCUCACCCUCGGGAUCCACCUCCUUCUUCACCACCUCAUGGUUCGAGUCGCGGCCCAUCAAAGACGGAGACGGCUCUGCUUCGUCCGCGGGCGCAGAAGGGCCGGGCAGCGUAGGCCCAUCAGCCGCUUCCACCGCAGCGGCCUCGAAUCGCAAACGACGACCGAGCUUCGAAGAAUCUCGCGCGCAAGAGCCUCCGCAGGCUAGAUUGAUCAGGCUGAGGGGGCUCUUUGAUGUGUUGAUGGACAAGGACCAGCAGGAGGCCCUUGCCGGUGGGCGUGCAAAGGAGGCGUGGCAGGCAACAGCCGGCCGAGCACGGUAUGGCGCUGGAGGUCGGCUUGCGCGGGGAAGCUUGGUCAAAGCUGAACAGAGGGAGAAGACCAUGAACACAAAAGAGAAGGAGCUCGAUGCGGAUACGGUGGCGGGCAAAGUCUCCUCCUCUUCAUCCUUGUCGGACCAGUCUGAAGAGCCGCCAACUCCUUCACCGCCCAGGCAAGGCUAUGCAAAUGAGCUACUCGCCCAAUGUAGACAGUGCAGGCAGGAGCUCGACAAAGAGCGAGAAAAGCAUGAAAAGGCCAUGCAGGACGGGACGGACACCGGAGCGAGCUCUUGGAUGAGCCUCUCUUGGCCCUUCGGUUCAAAAGAGGAGGAAACCAGUAGUAAAGAGGAACAGAAGGAAUCGACUCUGAGCUCAAUAUGGAAUAGCGUAUCGGGAUCCUCGUCGUCAUCGUCGUCCUCGUCGUCCUCGUCACAAAGCCAAGAUUCCUCGCCGUCCACCUCGCAGCAACAGCUCUCCUUCGCAGCAGACUACGACGGCGAGUCCGGAUAUGCAGGCUCUGGAGUCUGGGGACUGAGCGCCGUCAAGCAUGGCUCGCGGGACAGGCAAAGGCAACGGCUUCAACAGGAGCAAGAGCAGUCCAAUGAGCAAGCAUCGGGCAUCAAGGCUUCUUCAUCGCCGUCACCGCCGCCAACCGCCCGGCAAGAAGCCGCGAAUCAGGAAGAGGAGGGCGACAAGAGGAUGAUGAUUGAGUGGGAGGGCUUUCUGAAGUAUGCCGAGACGAAAGAACGAGAACUCUACAAAAUCUUCACCGAGCUAGACCGUAAUGGUGACAUGCGCCUAGACGUCCAAGAGAUUCGUCUUGCCCUCGAUCGGGCAGGCAUAGAUCUCCCUCCCGCCUCUCUCGAAGACUUCAUUGCUUCCCUCUCUUCCUCGACGCGCAUCUCCGACCCUCACGCGCACGGCACAACGACUUGGUACUCUAUCGACCCGCCAACGGCAGACUAUGUCACCUGGCCUGAAUUCAGGGACUACCUCCUUCUGCUACCGCGUAAGCCCUCUGUGAACGAGAUCUUCCGCUUCUACCAGGUGCGCAAGGCUUUUGGGCUGUUUGGCGUUGGCGGAGUCUUUUCUGAGUUCGGGAGCAACUGGGGAAGUGGAGAUCGACAUGGAGCCACUGCUAUCACGAGUGAUGGUGAUGUCAGUAUGGCGGGGGAGGAGAAAAGACGCAAAGGGGGAGCGCCGGCUUCUGCUGCGAUUGAUGAGAAAAAGAAGGCGACUAGGGAGACAUUGGUAGAGGGUGAAGGAGGAGAGGGCGGCGCCGAGGCCGGGAGCUCGGCGGCGGCGUCGGCGGCGUCAUCAUCAGCGUCGGCCAACGUCGUGGGCGCUAACUCAAGUACCUCAAGCGACUCCUCAUCAUCCAGCUCAGCCACGAUGCAUGAUGAUCACUCCGCUGAGCACGAAGAAGAGGAAGACGACAACGAUAUGAUCCACCUGGACGUCGCGCUCAAGUUCCUCCUCGCGGGAGGGAUAGCAGGCGCGGUUUCCCGUACAGCUACCGCCCCCUUCGACCGUCUCAAGAUCUACCUCAUCACAGCCUCCCGCUCAAGUGAGACUGCUUCCGCUGCUGUAGCGGAUACGGUCCGCAAAGAGGGCGCCACAACUGCAGCAAAGGACGCCGGACGAAUUGCCACCAAGGGAGUCGGCGUCAUGGCAACAGCGAUGCAAAACCUCUACCGCGAAGGGGGAGGGCUGAAGGCCUUCUGGCUGGGCAAUGGCUUAAAUUGCAUCAAGAUCUUCCCGGAGAGCGCCAUCAAGUUCCUCUCGUACGAGACGUCGAAACGUGCGUUCGCCAAGUACGUGGACAACGUCUCGGACUCUCGUGACAUCAGCGGAACGUCGCGCUUCAUCAGCGGAGGAAUUGGUGGUAUCACCAGCCAGCUGGCCAUUUACCCCGUCGAGACGCUAAAGACUCGCCUCAUGUCUUCGCAGGGCGAGAAUGCUCCGAUCAGCAAGACCACAGGGCAGAGACUGGUGGGCAACGAGCUUCUUGCAGCGACUGCGAAGAACAUGUGGCAAGCCGGAGGCUUGCGAGUCUACUAUCGUGGUCUUACCGCCGGGCUGGUCGGUGUCUUCCCUUACUCAGCGAUCGACAUGUCUACCUUCGAGGGCAUCAAGCUAGCCUACAUGAGCUACAUGGACAAGGAUGAGCCAGAGACGCUCGCCCUACUCGCAUUCGGAUCCAUCUCCGGCUCUGUAGGCGCCUCAACCGUCUAUCCGCUCAAUCUCAUUCGUACGCGCCUCCAGGCUGCGGGGACGCCUGCGCAUCCGCAGGUGUACAACGGAUUCAUGGACGCGGUCAAGAAGACGUACGUCAAGGAAGGAAUCGUAGGAUUCUACCGCGGUUUGGUGCCUACGCUUGCCAAGGUGGUGCCCGCGGUCAGUAUUUCGUACGUCUGCUAUGAGAAUUCCAAGAAGAGGUUGGGCGUUGCGUAGAGUGGGCGUUGCGGUGGGCAGACGGGCCAAUAGGUUGUCGCGUCUGUCGAUUUUGUUGUUUUUUUCGGUGCUGGGGUGCCCCUCUAUUCUCUCUGUAACAAGACACAAGCAGCAUAGACAAAUCUGUCUUCAUUAUCAUCAUGAACAAUCGGUCGUUAUGCGCCUCCGUC